UUCUUCGUCACAAUAUCAUCAAGAUAAGCUUUCACGCCAGGAAUACCUGCCAACAACGUGUCGAUGACUCGUCGGAACAUUCAGGGCGCCACCAAAAUUCCAAACGGCAGCCGUCCGACCUUAAACAGCCCCUUUGUCGUGUUGACUGAGGAAGACAUUUUCCUACUUCAGGAGCAUAGGCAUACCCGGACCUCCGCCAAAUUUAAUAUGGGGUAACAUACGAGAAUACCACAAAAACGGAUUUUACAAGGCGUUGAACGAAUGGUGCCAUACUUAUGGUGACAUUUUUGGAUUCUACAACGGUGACGUCCCAACGCUAGUUGUGAAGGACCUGGACAUGCUAGAGUACAUCUUCGUCACAAACUUCCAAAACUUUACUGACCGCGGCGUAACCAUGAGAACCGACGAAAUGCACUCUUCUCUCGGGAAGUGCAUUUUGAAUGCAAAGGGAGCCCAGUGGAGAAAGCUGCGCGGCUACGCUUCCCUUGGAUUUUCUAUAACGAAGCUAAAACAGAUGAUGCCUCAUAUCAGCGGGCAGGCUGACGUUCUUCUCGACCACCUGGGGGAAGUGUCCGACCUCGGGAGAGAGCUGUCCACGUUCGACACGUUUCAGGCUUUGGCAAUGGACAACGUAGGCCGGAUCUUCUUUGGACUGAACAGCACAUUUCAGCACAACGUCCACGAUGCCUUCAUUUCUAAGGCCUUCAACGUUAUACCCCAAAUGAUGACCGGGCCCUUCCAUUUCAUUGCACAUUGCACGACUUCUUUUGGAAAAAUCAUGAAGCCACUCUUCUGGUUGAACAGACUAUUAGGAACAUUCGCCAUUGAAGAGUUUUCUCGCGAUAUCGUCAAGAUAGUGGAGCAGAGAAGAAACAACCCUUCGCUUCGAAGAAACGACGUGCUCCAGUGCCUUCUCGAUGCUGAAGUAAGACCGGAUGAUAAAAGCAAUAACAAAUCAGCGAACAACGUCGCCAUCGAAACCAAAGGCGGUAUCAGAAGGCUUCCAAACCUGACAGAAGAAGAAACAACACUACAUGCAACACUUCUCUUUCUUGGAAGUUUUCAAACUAUAUCAAUAUCACUUUCGUAUACAACUUACCUUUUGGCUAAGCAUCCUGACGUUCAAGAGAAAGUGAGAAAGGAAGUGAACGAGUCAGUUGCAAAAUCGGGCUGUCUUGAUUAUGACACGGUGAUGCACAAACUAAAGUACCUUGGACAAGCGUUGGAUGAAACUCUCCGAAUAUUCCCGCCGUCCCUCGCUUUUAUGACAAGAGUGGCCAAAAAUGAUUUUGAGUAUAAUGGCAUAAAAUUCAAGGCAGGUGUGAGCAUUAUAUCCCCAGUGCUUCAAGUACACAUGGAUCCGAGGUACUGGCCAGAACCCCACAAGUUCGACCCUGAUCGGUUCAGCCCAGAAAAUAUAGAAAACGUCCACAAGAUGGCGUUCCAGCCUUUUGGCCACGGACCCCGCAGUUGCGUCGGAUUCAUGAUGGCCGUUCUCGAAAAUCGCUACACCCUCGCAAGAAUGGUUCAAAGCUUUCGAUUUGAGCUCGGUGAAACUCAGAAGGGGAUGUUGGACAUGGAUCCAUAUGGCAUGAUGUCUACGCCAGCGAACGGCCCGUGGAUUAAGUUUCACAAACUCUAAACGUCAAGAGCUGAAAUAUUUGUGAUACACCGAACACAAAGAAUGGCAUUGAGAACUAACACAUUUAUAUCAAUGAAACCUUGACAAGGUGAAAGAGGAAUUUGUUAUGGCAGAACCGUGCUAAAGAAAAGACCUACAAGUUUGAAUGAACCAGGAAUGGGAAAAUUUUUGUACGCCUAAAAGAGGCUUCUGUUCACAUCGAAGACAAAAGAGACUAAGAAAAAAUUAUGUAAACAGGGAGAGUUCAUUUGAUUCGAUUAAACUCUGGGACUUACACUAGGAAAACUCGAAAGAAUGGGCUUGAGAGGACCAUUUUAUGAUUUUUUCCAUGACCUCCUCACGGACAGAUUGCAAUUGGUGAAAAUAGAAAAUUCUGUUAGUGGUAAAACACAAAGUGAGUGCAGUGUACCUCAAGGAAGCACUUUGGGCCCGUUGCUGUUUAACAUUUACAUAAAUGAGUUAAGCCUACACUACUACACACUACACGCCACUACAGUUUAGAAUCUUCUUAUAUGCAGACGAUACAGUUCUACUAUUAUCAUACAAUAUAUAGGAAAACGCAAUUUCAAUAUUUCAAAAGGACGUGGACAUGUUAUUGCAGUGGUUUUCUGCCAGUAUUAUUCCAGUAAAUAACAACAAAACGAAACGUAUGUGUUUCUGUAAUCCCCAUAAACAGGUAUUUAUUUAAAUUUGAGGCUUGUCAACUCUUGCAAAAGUACAGCAUUUCCAUACGAACAGUCUGUAAAGUGAUUAGGCAUAUUUUUUACGAACAUAUUUUAUGAAACCAUCACAUAAAAUUUAUUUUAAAAAAGUCUUCGCAUACUAUCAGCUUAUCUUCACCGAUUAAAGAGCGUUUAUGAUAUAAAUGUUAGGAAAACUGUUUGUAUGACCUUAGGAGAGUCGAUCUUGCGAUACUGUAUUACUGUUUUCGGUCAGUGUGCAGGAAAUAAAAAGCUAGCAAUAGACAGAUUACUCAAACAGAUGGCGAGUAAAGCUGCGUACGGGACCACAUAUGAUAACAUAGUAAUAGAUAGGAAAAUGAAUGAACUAAAUAUAAUGUAUCCUUCUAAACUAUAUGAACAGGCAUUACUACGAUAAGAGCUCGAAAAUUGAGGUCAAAAAGAGAAAUCUGAGGUACACAGAAAGGUACGUAAUACCCAGAAUAUUUACGAACUACGGAAAGAGAAUAAAACGGCAUUAUAGUCCUUCCCUUUUUAAUAAAUUAACUGAUAGUUUCAUUAGCAUAUCAUCCAUGCGAACGUCAAAGAAAGCUCUUAAAAAGUGGUGUCUAGAAUGAAAAACCUGAUUUUACAUUCUGUUGCUUAGUGUAUAUUUACUGGGUCAAUUCUGUGUUAUGCGAUUUUGAUUUUCAUUUAUUGCUUAUUAUAGUAUGUUUCUAAUGAGGUCGUAUGGUAAUUAGAAUUUGUUAGUAUUUCAGUGAUCAGUUCGUUUUCAUUUGCAUGUGGAGAGUAGUUUAUUUUGCAUGGCGCAAAUAUUGCUGUGUUUUAAAAUUCUGCUUAAUUACUUUACUUAUAGUGUUACUCGUAAUACAGUGUUCUAUUCCUUUUAUUUGUAAAUGUUUUUGGUCUGCCUGGUCCCACGGACAAGCAAUCUUCUUUGCUUUUGUGGGUCAGUUACUGUAAGUACUUUUUUAGAGGAAUAAAAAAAACUUUACUAUUA